AGAAGUGAACACUUGAUAACAGGUAUGACGGAAAAGAGUCAAAAUGGAACUUCAACACAAGAAAAUUUUAGAGAAUUUUGUGCCAUUGGAAACUUGGAAGGAGUACGUGAUUUGUUGAAUAAGGGAAUGGCUGUCAACUCACAGAAUGCGAUGAAUGGAUGGACAGGUUUGCACUGGGCAUCAAAGCGUGAGCACAAGUCUAUUGUGGAGCUGUUGCUACAACAUGGAGCUGAUCCUAGUGUUGCAAACUCUGCUGGUGAAACAGCAGGCCAAGUGACAGGCAGUGCUGAUAUACAAAGAGUAUUAGGUGCUACCCCAAGUGAGAACAAGAGAUCUGAGCUUCCUAUAGUACCCAACUAUAUCUCAAACCCAGUCUUCCCUCAUGUGCAAGACCCAAGAGCUGGCAACAUGGUAGAUCGAGUAAACAGUAUUGGUGAGACUAGGCAGAGUCGUACUGAACAUAUUACAAAUGGUCCUAUAGCCAAGAAGGAAUAUUCUAAUAACCCAUCAGAGAUUGUAUUGAAAGCAAGAGUUGCAAAUGCAGUGGAGACAGACUUUAUAGAAAUAGAAUUGGAGUGGGCCAAGCAAACAUAUGACACUCUAUUGAACCUCAUGUGCCAUGAACUAGGGGUAAAUAAAGCUCUAGUCUUUAAAAUUCGAAAGAUGCCAAACACAAUAGUUCGCAAAGAUAAAGAUGUGCAGCGGCUGACUGACUUCCAAGAAUUAGAACUUGUGUUGACAAAUAAAGCAACGAGUGAAAUGUCAAGGAAUUAUGUAACAUCUAAUGGGCCUUCCCUGAGAGAAGUAAACAUUGUUUACUAAACAGUAAACAUUACUGAUUCUCCAUGCAUAUGUUUUGCAUAUGGUGUACAUUGUACUUAAGAUAACAUGGCAGUAUUCAAGGUGGACCCAUGUAUGGUUCACUUUAAAAUGUUAGUCAGACUUGGAGGAGUCCAGUGGGCCAUUUCAAUCAAUUUAAGGACAAAUGUCUUUAGACACCCUUAAGGUCACUUGAUUGAUGCAAUUGAGUUUUAUCUAAUCAAGUAUACUUUUGUAAAAUUGAAAUGAUUAUUUCUUGAAUUUAUAUACAUGUAUAUACUUGUACUGAGUAUGACUUUCUGAAAAGCAUUAUAUUUUACUGUGGCUCUAAGCAACAUAAUAUAUGACGUUGCUUUCAAUACAUUCAUGUAAGUUUAUAUACACGCAAAGCUGAGGUUAUUGUUAUGCAAUAAUUUAAUCCUGAUUUGAAGGUGCCAGUUUUUGUCAAUAAAUAGUAUUUAUAUUAUUGCAGUUCAUUGACUGAUUUUUCAUACUGACUUAUCCAACUCAACUGUAUUGUGCACUGUGCAGAAGAAAUAGAAGUCACUAUCAGUUGACAGUAAAACCAGGGGGUUUCACUCCAAUAUACUUCUUAAUAUCUAUGUGCCGCCCAAAAGACCCUCUUUUUGAGCAUUUUUUCCAUGUC